AUGUAUCAGGCGCAAAACAUCUACUUCAUUUGCGGUUUCGCCGCCAUUGGCGGUGGCCUCUUCGGCUUUGAUAUCAGCUCCAUGAGUGGAGUUCUAGGAACUGGAGCCUAUAAGAGAUACUUUGGAAACCCUACAUCAUAUCGUCAGGGUGGUAUUACUGCUUCCAUGCCUGCCGGCUCCCUCGUUGGAUCUCUCGUCUCCUCCUUCAUUGCCGACAAGUACUCCCGCAAGGUCGCACUGCAAUUCUCCUGUAUUCUGUGGACCAUUGGCGCCAUCCUUCAGUGCGCUUCCGUCAACGUCGGCAUGCUUUGCGUCGGCCGUGUCAUUGCGGGCAUGUGUGUCGGUAUCGCCUCCUCCAUUGUUCCCGUCUACCAGUCCGAGAUCGCCCCCAAGGAGAUUCGCGGUCGCGUUGUUUCGCUCCAACAGUGGGCAAUUACAUGGGGUAUCUUGAUUCAAUACUUCAUCCAGUACGGCGCCGCCGAGGGCAUUGGAAAUGGGCCAACUGAUCCCGCCCAGCCGACCGCCGCUUUCCGCAUUCCUUGGGGCGUCCAGAUUGUGCCUGCCGCUGUAUUGUUUAUUGGACUGUUCUUCUUCCCCUACAGUCCUCGCUGGCUUGCUAGCAAGGACCGUUGGGAUGAAGCCAUCAAGGUACUCGCCCACCUUCACGGCAGCGGCGACGUCAACCACCCAAAGGUCCUGGCCCAGUACCAAGAGAUCGAGGAGGCCCUCCGAUUUGAGCGAGAAGAGAACAUCUCUAGCUUCAAGGGUCUCGUCGCUCCCCGUAUGUAUAAGCGUGUGUUGCUCGGCAUGAGCAUCCAGAUGUGGUCCCAGCUGUGCGGAAUGAACAUCAUGAUGUACUACAUUGUCUACAUCAUGCAGGGUGCCGGCAUGGGCAACCCCCUCCUGACUGCAUCUAUUCAGUACAUCAUCAACGUACUCAUGACUCUUCCCGCCAUUAUCUUCAUCGACAAGCUUGGCCGUCGCCCCCUGCUAGUUGGCGGUUCAUUCAUGAUGAUGACCUGGUUGUUCAUUUCUGGCGCGCUGCAACAGUACUACGGAGAGCCCAACACCGAUGCGACACGCAACGCCGACAACGAGUCUGUUACCUGGAUCGUCCUCAACCAAAAGCCUGUCUCCGCCGCUAUCGUCUCUUGCUCGUAUCUCUUUGUCGCGACCUUCGCCACUACCUGGGGCCCGGUAUCAUGGACUUACCCUGCUGAGAUCUUCCCAAGCAAGAUUCGCGCCAAGGCCGUCUCUCUGUCGACUUCGACCAACUGGUUCUGGAACAUGAUUCUUGCCUUUGCCGUUCCCCCUCUGUUGUGGAACAUCAACUUCAAGAUGUACUACAUCUUUGCGACGUUCAACGCCCUGGCCUUCCUUCACACCGCAUUCUUUGCUCCUGAAACCAAGGGCUUCACGCUCGAGGAGAUGGAUGAUGUCUUCAACUCCGGUCUUCCAGCCUGGAAGACCCAUCACAAGAAGUCCCGUCUCGACGAAAUCGAGCGAGAGAUUGCCGCCGGAAACCUCAAGGUCACCCGUCACGGCGCGGUUCCUGCAGAAGAUACCCAUGAGGUUGUUGCCGAACCUGAGAAGGGAGCCGCUGUCUAA